CCUUGCUGGUGUUUCCAGAAGCGCCACGUUGGUCGUCGCCUACAUCAUGACCAUCACCGACUUCGGCUGGGAGGAUGCACUGUCUGUUGUGCGCGCAUCGAGAUCGUGUGCCAAUCCUAACACUGGAUUCCAGCGGCAGCUGGAGGAGUUCGAGAAAAAUGACGUUGCUCGUUUCAGAGAGUGGCUCAGAGCAGAAUACGGCGAGACCUCCGUGCGAGAUGACCAGGAGGCCAAGGAGCUCCUGCAGAAGUACAAAGCACACGCAGCUGCCCAGCUGAACCCACCGGGAAGGCAGUGGAACGAUACCUUUUCGUCGGUGGCCUCCUUGUCAGUGACAGCUCCUCAGUAGGGCCAACCAAUGAUUCAUCCCAUCGACGGAAAUACAAAUCCGUCCACUAAAAAAAAAAUUGCAUUCACUAGGCAGGGCGACUCGCUCUCAUUUUCUCCUGCAACUGCACAAAAAAGGGACUUCUCGGUUGUCCGUAGUCAGUCCAUCCUGGGGUGCCUCAAUUCUCCGAGGAGCAGGUCUCCAGAAUCCUUCCUUUGACAGCAUGGCCGUUGUCAGACACACAACGAAGACUGGCGACGUUGUGCAGGUAUCGCAGCUGUUCUUCUUCCUUGGCGGUUGACCCUUUCACAGCCUUCCGGUGGGACGGGUGAGGACCACGCCAGUUUCUGCCUGCAGAGAUGCCAAAUCGUUUUCCAGGUCUCUGUCUUCUUCAGGUUGCCCACGUAUCCAGGAUUUUUGCACAACUGCACUUUUUGGUCAAAGCUUCCAGUUCUUCGUUUAGCUUCACUUAGAAUGGACUGGUCUAAAGAAGGGAAAUGGCCAGGCCAAGAAAACUUCAUGCUCAUUCGGCCGUCACUGUUUGGUUUUGGGAAAUUCCGCAGCCCUGUCAAAAAGAAAAGCUCAGGCUAUGCUAAUCCAUAUCUCCUGCUUGAGUAUUCCUCCUUUGGGUCCCCGCUGAAGUGAAUAUACAGCUCACGUAGUUGUAUAUUUUAACAGUGUUCUAAUGUAAAGCAAAAGUAUUAACGGGUAAUUUUUGCCAGCCUCUGUUAUCCCGGCUUUAGACCUCCAAAGUAGUUCACUUUAAAUUAUUUUUUCAGGAGCGGGUCUGAAAGAAUAUUGCAGAUGUAUGUAUUUAAAAGAUUAAAGCAGAGUUAUGAUGGAUAUUGUGCUAUAAUAAAAAGUUACUCGUCCUCACUCCUGCCAGUACU